UUUUCCUCAUUUGCCGGUAGUUUGACAUUUGCAAAGCAAAGCUGCCGCGGUCCGCCGGUAUGCAGCUUUCCCGUAUUCGUGUAUUCUCCAUCAUUCCUUGAUUGUGGCACUGCACGAAACGCAUCUUAACAGCAUGUCCAGCAAUCCCGGUUCCCCGGUACAGUGCAGCCCGAUCGUGAAUCGGACGCUGGAACUAAAUUUGAGCAGGAAGCGUUCGAAGGAAUGUCUACGAUGGGGCACGGUACACAUACUGCUUCUAUCCGUGGUGCUGUUCGACAUUUCCAACAAGUGUUCGUACUCGUUCUCCAACCUGUACUACGUGGAGUACAUUGCCGCUGCCAUGCUGUCCUGCAGUAUGGUGUACUACUACUCCUGCUACUUUUACUACCUGUUCAGUACGGAACCUAUUCGUGGGACGGAGCAACAGCGCCGGAUACUAAAGUUCGAUGCAAACGAUAGCUCCUUUAUUACGACGCCCCCACAGGCGAAACAAUCGGCCAGUGCCGACGAUACGCCCAUGAACGUCUCAACGUCGUUGUUAAGGUCGUUUCACGAAACUACCUUUUCGGUGAACUCGCCGCGGUGGGCGUUUAGCCGAGGCAGUCCACCCCCGUCAAUGGAUGCAACACGACCACCACCUAUGGGUUACGAUCGUAAUGUAUCUUACGAAGCGUCACCGAACGUAAGUGCCAGCUCGAAGAAGUUUUCUCCCGCACUGCGCAAGCUUGGACCACCCGGCGAUACGAUCAUGGACGAUUUGUUUAUGGAAAACUAUGCACAUGAAGCCUCGAUGGACAAGAGCAUCAAUCGGUCGCAAAAGGAGCAGGUCAACAAUUCCGAUGAUUCGAUAAACUCCUCCUUUGGCCGGUAUCGAUUUAACGAUAUGUCCUACCUGUUGAAAACAUCCAUGUACCAACUCUCGUCGUCAGCAACGCCAAGCAAGCAGUUAACGAAGGAGCUCGAGACGGGACCAUACAACGCCUUCAUCGACGGUAGUCCGGAGGGACUGAAAAAGGUGUCCGCUGCGCAACUGUCCACCUACGUCGGGAAUCUGCGCAUGUGGAUAUCGCUCACAAUAUUGCAACGCAUCGAGGAGGAGAUUAACGCCGUCGAUCAGGCAUUCAAGAGCCGUGGCUUUGCCGACAUCCAGAUCGGGAGCAUCGGUUUGGAGCGGUUGAAGAAAACGGCCGAAAACCAGCAGCUGGUGACGCUGUACAUCCCGCGUCUGCCGCUGCUUAUACCAUUUCUCGAAAUGACCACGAACCAGGAGUAUCUGGUGCAGCGCAUUAAGGACCUUAGCAAGGGUAGCUGUAUAGCAGACUACCGAUGGAAUUCGGGUUCGGCGUACAAGGGCGUAAGCUGGGACGAACAUUUACCCACCGAUUCGGCAAUAAUCUUCCACCUGUUCUGCACCUACUUGGAUAGCCAGCUGCGUCCCCUACCGCAGCCCGGCGGUCGCCCCUUCUACAAUCGCUACGUAGUGGUAGGUGAUAAGAAAACGACCAAGGAAACGCUCGCAGAGGUAAACGCGAAAAACAAAACCAAAUGUGCGAUUCUUUGCUCCAACCCGAUGAAGCCCAAGUUUAACUUUGUUUCGGAUGACAAAAUACACAGCUGCUCCUACGAUCGAAACAAUCUGUUCUACGUCAUCAUUCAAUUUUUGAUGUACAUGAAAACUCACAACGAAUGCUCACUGGAGGGAAUUAAUCUCGGCAGAAGUGGCAUCAACAUACUGUGCUGUAUCGAUGACUAACCACCAAACACCAAUCGUCGGCGGAUACGCGUUCACUGUGUAGGAAUUGUGCUGUAAAGCUCCAGGCGUUGGUAAGUUCUCAAAUUCCCGCUCCGAUCAGAUUAUCAGAUAAUAGUUCGUGUGGAAGAUUGUGUGUUGCAAAUGAUGCACGAUUUUUUAUUGGUAUAAAUGCUCAAUCAUAUGUAGUAGUAGCUUCAUGAUGUUGGGCAUGAAUCGAAAUGCCCAUCUGAAAUGGAACAACUGUUUCUUUUUUUGUUUUUUUUUCCAAACAACAGUCACCAUUUUAAUUUAUAUGUUCUUUUGAUUCGCUGUUGGUUGAGAUGCUCUGUUUCUGUGCGGUUCCGUCGCAAACACCGGUACAAAUGCAUGUAGUUUAAGGGCUUACACUAAUGAAUGUACGUUUAAGGACUAGACAUAACAUUAUGUAGAUGAUGUAAAAGUAAGCUUAAAAACAGUCGGCACACAAACAUCAAA